GGAACACCGACCCCAGAGCAGCGCAUGGAAACACCAUUUACCUUCCCGCCGGAGCGGUACCUAUUUAUUUACUUGCACUUUGAUGUGCCUUCGAACUGCUAGGUUGGCAGGAGCUGGGACCGAGCAAUGGGAGCUCACCUGUUGUGGGGAUUCAAACCGCCAACCUUCCAAUCGGUAAGCCCAAGAGGCUCAGUGGUUUAGACCACAGCACCACCUGCUUCCCCCAUAGCAUACUUAAAACAGCUAAAAACAACCUCAACAAUACUAAAUGUCUGACCAAUUAAGCUACAGUUAAAAUAUAGCAUGGGGACAGUAACAAUGUUCAUAGUUAGAAGUUCUUAUAAAAAGAAACGACUUUGCUUGUAAGUGAAACAGGAGCAUGGAGAGGUCUUGGCAAAUCAUCCUGAGGACAGAAUGCAAAGUCUCUUUUUGUGAUCAGAGGAGGGAGGAAGAGAGGGGGGAAGAGGAGGUGUUCUACAAAAUAUCUGUCUCUGUCUCCUGUUGCUCAGCUCCCUAGCAGAUACUGCUGACGCCAUUUUCACUCUGGUUCCUGGAGAGUCCAUCGCAAGAGUGUGAUGAGCACUGAAGACCUCAUGUUUGGUUCAGGAUCCGUCAUCCUCCGUGGCUCCUCUGACAGAAAUGCCAGGCUCUGGACCCCAGAAGGAAAAUUGGUCCAGGGUCCUGCCCAUCAAAAGAGAUGGAGCCUGAAAAAACCAUCAAUAUAUGCCCAUUCCAGAAACCCAUGGAGUCACAUCCGAGGUGAGAGAAAAGAGAAUAAAAAGAAAAGGGCUUUUGCCACGCUGCCGAUCCUUGAGGAGGGACAACUCUUCAGUGUAAACGAGCCUCUCAAAAGUACAGAGCAAGAGACCGUUGAGCCAGCACAGCAUGGGAGCAGCGGCAGGGAUGCGGCAAAGGACAGCAAGCUGGAGCCACAACACCCGGUUGAGCCUCAGUUACCCAGAAUUGACCGUCCUCUACAAGCGUCUCCCAAUCAGGCUCCUUCAGAGGACACGGCGCAAAGCCGGCUGAAAACACCCCCGCUAAGCAGCAUCCUAGGGCAAAGGAAGCAUGAGAGCUUUUUCAAACACAAUCUGGAAGAAGAAUUCCUGCAAAGAAUAGCUAGGAGGACAGUCCGCCGGCAACUGUUUGGAGAAAUCAAUCCCCACAAAGUCAACCGGUUUGGGGCAGGCUGUUCACCUUUCCAUGCACUAGCAACUACGGAGAUGGAGACUUUCACCUUGCCCAGCAACUUACCCAUGACGGCACGGAUGGUGAGCAAGGGACUCGUUUGCACCUCAGAGUCUGACUUGCAGUCCAUGCAGCUGACAUUCCCAGAGCUGGAUGAAGUGUCUGCAGAAGAGCCCAAGGCGAGUGACAGGAAGAAACCCCCGGAUCAAACCAAAAAGGCUAAGCUGCCCCCCUUGGUUAACCCUUCGAGAUCUCGCCUCUCUGAAAACAAGAAGACUUCAGGUUGCCGUCUUCCCUCGGUUCCUGCUGUAAUUGCAUCUGCAUCACUAAAGUGGGGAAAGUUUUAAUAACUUUUUAAGGCUGCUGACAUGGAUUCCUCCAAAGCAUGCCCUAAUGUUCUGGUCUCGGUAUCUGGUACAGACCACAAAGGUUCAGACAUUCUGAAGCCAAGCACUUCUUUGGUACAUGAACAUUGCAGGGAAAUAAUCUUUUUAUAUAUCGAAUCACCAGUGGAGGGGGGGGGAAUCUAAAUGUUCAAUUAAAGAAAGUGCCGUGGGCCUCUUUGGUGGGCAAAAGUGAAACCAUUUUAAUCUGUUGCAUGAGCUACCAGGGUAAAGCAAGGGUGUUUCUCUAGGGGUGCACCUUUUAGUCUGAAUUUGGCACUUGUGAAUGUUGUCCAGGACGGAUACAAAACAGAAGAGAGUAGGGUGGGGGGUUAAGGAUAUAAAUGCUAACUAAUGUGUUAUAUUUUUGAAUUACAGACUUGGGAAAAAUUAAAAGCAAUUUAACUUGUGAAGAAGCUUGAUAUUGUCUACAUCUCAUUCUUAGGACAGCCCGAAACAGAUUUGCCCUAAAGGGUUUCUAGUUAGGUGGGCAAGCGCUCUUUUGGUCCAAGAUUUUCCGCAAUCUAACAAAACCUUUUCAUCGGGAAACAUCCUAUAUAAUAAAGUCCAAGUGUCUCUGCGUCCAGUCCCUGUGUCCGUGGGUUUGCGCUACUGCGCAUGUGCCCCAUGGGCAGCCGUUGGGACUUGGAGCACAGAGACACGAGGCAUUCGGCUCCCUCCCUCCCUCAGUUCAGUCAAUCAGUCCGUCAGUGCUUGAGAGUCAUGUGUUGUUCGUUGGCGGCGGCGGCGGAGCAGGACGGGACGGUCUGCUCUGGCCAGUUGGUCGGUCGGUGUUGGAUGGAGGGUCCCGUCCACCUCACCUGCUCUCUCUGGAAUGUACUGGGGGGGGGUGGCUGCUGAGUGAGAGCGAGGACUCUAUGGGCGCAGGCAGCGCUGCUGCUGCCGCUGAGGAGAGGUGAG